CAAUUCUUAAGAAACGCAAUGGGUUACACUUACAUUAUUUUUUAGUCGUAUGAUGCCAUCAUGUGUGAAACCAAAUGGAAACGAAACAAAUCGAAUCAGAACAGAGAACGUCAAAAUGAAAUCUCUGAUCAGAAAAUAAAUGUAGGGAAAAGAAAAAAUUUGUUGUUUAAAAAAGUCAAAAACAACAAAUCGGUGAAGACGAGCAGACCAGACCGUCUCGCUUGUAAGGAAACGCGUAUCGUAGUUUGUGGAUAGUUUUUACCAUUUAAUACUUACAAUUAUUAACUAAAAAGAAAAAAUAUGUGUUUAAAAAUUCGCAAGAAGUAAUGCAUUAAGAAAAUUAGCGAAAUCGCGCGCGUGUGUGUGUAGUGCGCGAGUGCAAGUGUACGCAAAAAAUACAUACAGCAAAUUUAUUGGAGUUUACGGUGCAUCAACGAAUUGUGCUGAAGUGUUGAUUCUGUAGCAGAAAAAAUUGCCUACCCAAUAAAAAGUGUAUGCAUUUCAAAGUAAUUUUUAUAUAAAAUAGUGUUUGCAUUUUGCAUAUUACUAUAUGCAUGUAAAUCUCACCAAUUGGGAGCGGUGCAAGUGAAUAGAGAAAAACAAACAAAAAAAUCCAUGAAAAAAGGGAAGGUUAAUACAAACCAAUCAAAAAGCAGCAUCAGCAUUGGCGAAAAAAACUUUGGUUGCUAGUUUCUCUUUGAAAUAUCUUGUUGAAAAAUUACUGAUUGGAUUUACAUACUUACAUAUAUCAAGUAGGCAGCGGUGUUGUUGGUGAUUCAGUGAAUAAGAAUCUGCAUCACCUGUUAUAAACGACUGAUGAUUACGGCAGCUUUAGAAGUGGUUCGCUCUUCAUUAAAUCGAUGAAAUUGUCAACUGCCAUAACAGUAAAGCUGCUUAAUGUCCCAAAUGGCAUUAUUUCAUAUCAGUGAAUUAUAAUUCGUCAUCGUUAAGGCUCGCAUAACAGAAAGUCAGCAAAACGGCGGUGGACGUACAGCAGCUGCUCACUUUGUUGUACUUGUUGUGGCACAACUUGAGCCCAGCAACUCGUGUCAAAGGCCUAGAACGGCAACGACAGCAGCAACUCGAUUGCGCCAGCGUCACUUACGCAGCAACUGCUUCUGUAGCAGCAACGCCAUCAUUGUCAUCAUCAUCAUCAAAACUAACAACGACGACAACAACAACAUUUGUAAUCUGCAAAUACGCUAAUCAUCAUUAUAAUCCGGUAAAGCGUAAAGAAGCCAUUAGCCAAACUUAAGUGGUUGUCACGACAGGCGCACACACUUCCAUACAUUCACAAAUACACAUUCACUUUCGCCACCGUUGGGGGCAGUCGUGGCAAAGCGCGGCAUUUGUAGCAAUAAUUCGCUUCCGCAUAUUUGCCUCUUCACCUUUUCGCUUUUCACCGACAACGUUGUCAAACGGUAAGCAACAGAGUGGCGGCGGCAAUGACCCUAACCACUGCUACACAAUCGGAGAGUAGCAAAAAAAUGGAUGCCAAGUGUGCGACUGAGGAGAAUUUGCCAUCUUCAGAAAUGGAUCUACUGGCCAAAUUGGAGGCCGCUAACAAGCUGAUCGAGAGCGACGCGAAAAGUUUGAACUCGUUGCAUUCGACGCAUAGCCGUAAGAAUUCCGACACCAGUCAAAUAAGUCUGAAUUCAAGUAAGUCUGGCAACUCGAAUGCUGAGGAAGACAUUUGGACGCAAUGGGCGACUAUAUUGAGCGAUUGGGAGGGUGCGCUGAAGCGUAAAAAUCCAUGUGUACGCGAUCUGGUGCGUCGCGGCAUACCGCAUCACUUUCGUGCUAUUGUGUGGCAACAACUAUGUGGCGCCUCUGAUACGGACAAAAAACAAUAUGCUGACUACAUUAAGGCCACCUCGGCCUGCGAGAAGGUCAUCCGGCGUGAUAUUGCACGCACCUACCCAGAGGUGGAUUUUUUCAAAGAAAAGGAUGGUCCUGGUCAAGAGGCGCUUUUUAACGUGAUUAAAGCAUAUUCGUUGCACGAUCGUGAAGUGGGCUACUGCCAGGGUUCCGGUUUCAUUGUGGGAUUGCUGUUGAUGCAGAUGCCCGAGGAGGAAGCAUUCGCUGUGCUCGUACAAAUCAUGCAACAGCACCGCAUGCGCGACAUGUUCAAACCAUCCAUGUCGGAAUUGGGUCUGUGCAUGUAUCAACUUGAGAGUUUGGUGCAAGAGCAAAUACCCGAGAUGCACAUACACUUCCAACAGCAAGGUUUCCAAACAACUAUGUACGCUUCCAGCUGGUUCCUUACACUUUACACCACUACACUCAAUCUAAAUUUAAGUUGCCGUAUAAUGGAUGUAUUCCUUAGCGAAGGCAUGGAGUUUAUAUUCAAAGUGGCGCUAGCGUUACUUCUGCUGGGCAAAGAGACGCUAUUGUGCUUGGACAUGGAGGCGAUGCUAAAGUUCUUCCAAAAAGAGCUGCCCGGUCGCGUCGAAGCCGAUCCUGAGGCAUUUUUCAAUUUAGCCUACUCCAUUAAAAUCAACACGAAACGCAUGAAGAAAAUGGAAAAGGAAUAUCAAGACUUGAAGAAGAAGGAACAAGAGGAAAUGGUGGAGUUGCGUCGUUUACGACGUGAGAAUCGUUUAUUGAAACAGCGCAACGAGUUAUUAGAGGCAGAAAGUGCCGAAUUGGCCGAUCGUCUGGUGCGCGGGCAGGUCUCACGCGCCGAAGAGGAGGAAACUAGUUAUGCAAUUCAAACAGAGCUGAUGCAGCUGCGUCGCUCAUAUCUCGAAGUGUCACAUCAGCUGGAAAAUGCCAAUGAGGAAGUGCGUGGUUUAAGUUUACGUUUGCAGGAAAAUAAUGUAUCCAUCGAUAGUGUAAGUAAUACGCAGCCGCCGGUGAAGGAAAUAAAGAACAAUUCACGUCAAUCAUCCAUCGAUGAGUUGUGCAUGAAGGAAGAGGCACUUAAACAACGCGAUGAGAUGGUCUCAUGCCUGCUCGAAGAGUUGGUGAAAGUACGUCAAAGUUUAGCCGAAAGUGAAGAUCAAAUACGUAAUCUCAAGUCGAAAAUCGAGGAGCUCGAAGAGGAUAAAAAGACACUACGUGAAACUACGCCCGACAAUUCGGUUGCACAUUUGCAAGACGAACUUAUCGCCAGUAAAUUGCGUGAAGCCGAGGCUAGUCUCUCACUAAAGGAUCUCAAACAACGCGUGCAAGAGUUAAGCACACAGUGGCAACGCCAAUUACAGGAAAACCGAAACGAUCACAGCCAACAGCCGGUCGAUUCGACACCUAAAAAAUUACUCACGAAUUUCUUCGACACUUCCAAGUCGAAUGAGCAUACGCAACGCUUGGAGGAAGAGUUGAUGACAACACGUAUACGUGAAAUGGAAACGCUCACCGAGCUGAAGGAGUUGCGCUUGAAGGUUAUGGAACUCGAAACACAAGUGCAAGUAUCAACAAACCAGCUGCGUCGUCAGGAUGAAGAGAAUAAGAAAUUGCGCGAACAACUUGAACAGGCCGUAAAUCGGGAGAAAGAAAUGGCCAACAAAGCGCGCGAGCAACAACACAGAUAUUCCGACUUGGAGUCUCGCAUGAAGGAUGAGUUGAUGAAUGUUAAGAUCAAAUUUACCGAACAAAGUCAGACUGUUGCUGAACUGAAGCAAGAAAUAUCGCGGUUGGAAACAAAGAAUUCCGAAAUCCUAGCUGAAGGUGAACUGCGUUCCAAUUUGGAUGAAUCAGACAAGGUGCGUGAUCUACAGGAUCGUCUGGCUGAUCUUAAAGCAGAGUUAACCGCCAUUCGAAGUCGUGGCAAAUAUCCAAUUAAUAAACUGCGCAGCUCCUCGAUACAAUCGAUCGAAUCCAACGAGAUCGACUUCAACGAAUUGAAUAUGCGGCGUGAGAGCGCCGAAUUGUCAACCACAUAAUACAUAAUGCGGCUGCGGAGAGAGGAGUUAGCACACAAAUUUAGAGACACCAUUGCACGGUUGUCCCGCUGAUAUUCUAUUUUCCAUAUGGAUAUUAUGUAGACAGUUUUUGCGAGAAUAUUUAUAACAAAUAAGAAAAAAAAAACCACACACACACACACAUACUCCAAAUUAAUAUAAGAUUCAACAAAACUGCUAUAUUGUAUUACGCAAGUAGGAAAUUCCAAAUAACCAAUUAACUUAAAUUAAAAUAAAUUAUAGUAUUUAAUUUCUAAUUAUGCAUUUAGAUGUAAGUAAGUUUAUACAUGUGUAUAUUAUGCUUUUGCAGCGAUUGUGUCGCGACACCUAUUAUUAUUAUUAUUUUUAAUUAUUAUUAUUAAUUAAUUAUCAAUUAUUUUUAUUUGAAAAUAUUCUAAAUAAUUUGCUUGCUGCUUGCAUGUCAACAUACAAAUAAUAUAGUAUGUAAUAUGCAUUAAUAAUUUAUUAGCAAUUUGUUAUAGCGUCUAUACCAAUUGAUGAUUAUUGUAUUAUUAUUACUAUUAAUAUAUUUAAUUGUUGUAAUUUAAAAGAGCAAAAUAUAUAAAUAAGUGUAUUGUUCUGUAAUACGCUAGUGCUGAAGAUUAAAUGUUUUAACUGCGCGCUUAAAAGUAUGCAAAAAUUAUUUUUAUUUUAACAUUUUUUUGAGGUUAUAAAUCUAAAGACAUUUUCUAGCAUAUAUUGCUAAAUUAAAAAAAAAAACAAAAAAAAAAAACUUUUUUUUAACCCAGCACAUGCAUACAUCAAAUUUGCAAUAAAAACAUAAAAGUGAGUUUAUUUUGUAUUUGUAUUUAUAUUUAUGUGUAACUGAUAUACAAGUUAUAAGUGACGCGAAUGAAAAAUUCUGAAAAGUAACAAAAAAUAUAAAUCACCUAUUACCGAUUAACUGAGGUGUAAUAAAAAAAUUGUAGUUAAAAGGAAUUUCGCAAACUGAAUUGAAGCGAAAGAAAAACGAUUUGUCUCAAACUGAACAUGUUUUUAUACAAACAUUUAUGACUUUUACAUAAAUACAUACAAACAUACAUAUGUAGCGUUAGUUUAUACAGAUAUGCAUUAUGUAUUAUUACAACAAAUUAUGGCAAUGAAAAUCAGUAUGUGAAAACUAGAACAACAACUAUGAUCCCAACAUAAACUUUAAUGGCAACAUAAAAUUUAAUGGCAUAAACGAGUAGAAAUGUCGAUAGCGAAUAGCGAAUAGCGAAUUUUUGACACACACAGGCAUUAACUUAUAUUACAUAAAGUAACCAACAUACAUAUUUUUAGAGGGUAUUUGCUGUUGCGUGAGAAAGUGUAUUGAAAAUAGUGAUUGAAAUAUCAGAAAAAUUGAGAGUACUAAAUUCAAAUAACUCGAAUAAGAAAAGUGAAGCUAAAAUUUAUAUUUUUUUGGCAUGAUAGGCGUGUAUUUGUUUCCUUUAGAGUCUGAAUAUUAAAUUUUUUUAAAUUUUUUUGCGAUGAAAAGUGAUUUAACUAUAAAAUGUAAAUUAUUAAUAUUACUUUUUUCACAAAUAAAUUAAAAUUAAUUUUUUUUUCAUUUUAGAAAUUGUUAUACUCCAGAAAGGGUAUAGUAAGUUUGCCACGAUGUUUCCAAGAGCUAGAAGAAAACGUCGAAGACCUUAUAACGUAUACCAUAUAUAUAAACACAAUUUUUGAGAUAUUGAACUGAUAUUUUGGCACUUUUUUUGUUCGCCAAAAACUGCUCAUUUGUUGAACCGCCGAUAUCACACCACUAUAGCAUAUAGCUGCCAAACAAUCUAAUCUUUUAAAAUAAACUCCUUGUAUGGACAACUUUUCUAUUUGACAAGAUAUCUUCACGAAAUUCGGCAUGUGAUAUUUUCCAAAGCAACGGCGUAGUUUGCGAAGAAAUUAAAUUAUCGAUUAAAAUCAAGAUAUAGAUCAUUGUAUACGCUUUUAUGCUAUAAGAAAUGCAACCGUAAAGGGUGUUCUACUUCGGUGCAGCCAAAGAGAACAUUUUUCCUAUUUUUUUUAAUUUUUGCAAAAAAUUAAUCUAAUUAAGCUCUCCACACUCUCACUAACUUUGAAAAAUUGACGCACAUUUCGAUACACAACUCAAUGCAGUGAAUACCUCCAUUAAAAUUUUAAUAUAUUAGUGUUCCAUAUAAACAUAUACAAACAGACAUAAAUAUUUAAAUACAUAUUACAGGUAUUUUCUGAAACAAUGUGGCCAAAAUUAAGCAAAAUAAAAAUAAAUAAGGCAAUUAUACUCAUGGUCAAAGUGCUGCGAGAGUAUAAAAAGUUGGUAAAAGACUCGAAAUGAUGAACAUAUUAAAAGUUUAAGCACAAAAAGGCACACAACUGUCAAUAUAUAAUUACAUAAACAUAAAUAUAAAAGGCUAUCUGAGAAUAAUUCGAUUUUUUUUUUGUUAAAAAUGCAUGCAAAUGAUAUUAAUUAGAAUUUUAAAAAAACACAUUAAUAAGUUUCUUUGAAAUAAAGCAAAAACUAACCUAAAAGUUUUGAAAUGUUUGGCGUGAUAGUAACAACUCUUGGUUUAAUCAAAAUCGAUUACAUUCACAGCACUAAAUGUAGAAAGUUGCCCAUUUAAGUUGUGUUUUAUAGUGUUUUUAAAACGCUGCAAGUACAACUACAAAUUGCUAACAAAAAAAUAUAUAAAAAAAACUUUUAUUAAUAAUUUAAUUUUUUUAUACAAAAACUGGUUUAAAUUUUAAGAAUUGAAUUUCUUAUUUUUUGAAAAAAGUUUAAUCGAUGCAGCGAAAGAUUAUUAUUAAUACAUCCAUAUAUUAAGUCGCAGCUACACAAUUUUUUUUAACUGUACGAUUUGAUUUUUAUUAUUACUAUUAUAUUAUUGUUAUUUUUAAAUAUUUUAUUUACUUACAUACAAACACACUUGAUAUAAUGUGCAAUAACAGUCAGUGACAAAAACACAGUUUAACGAAUUUUUAAGUUUCUUGUUGUUUUAAGUAAUUAUUAGAAUUAAUUUUUUUUAUAAACUUGUUGAAGAAAGUAACUGCCGCAGCGCUAAAGUAUUGGAAGGCAUAUAAAAUUCACUAAAAUAAGUGUAAUUAGCAAGUAUUUAUAAUUUUAGCGCAAAAGUAGUAUUUUAAUUAUUUGCGAAUCUAAGCAUAAGAAUUUAACCAAUUUUAACUUAAGCGAAACUCUUGCGAAGAGUGUAAAGCGGCGACGUUAACCGAACGCUUUGGGCGAACGAGGAAGCACAAAUUAUGUUUAAUACAAUUUUAUAAAAAGAAGCUUAUGCAGAAAAAAAACGUAUGUUUGCAUAUGUACUAUAUAUUUUAUGUAUAUACUAAAAUAUUAUUUAGCUAAUUUGUAUAUUUUAAAUUUUGUUUUUGGUUAAAUUAUAAUUUUUUUGUAUUUAAAAUUUUUUCACUUUAUUAUCCUUAACAAUUUUCGAUUUUCAAAUAUUUUAUACUAAUUUUUGUUCAAGCACAGACGUGUAAAACUAGUCGUUUGAGCCGUUAUAUCUACUUGUAAAUCAGAAAUAAACGCGUAUUUUUUUGUGAAGUUUUUUUGAAGAGUAAUUGGGCGAUUCAGUUUGCAAAAUUUUGGAUUCUCUUGUUUCCGUAGCCGAUCCUCAGAAGGACUUUUGAAACUUUCCCAUUGCCACAACAGUCGGGUCUACGUAACCAGAACGGACACGGAUUUUUAUCCGGCUAAGGACUGUCAACUCGGCAGAAUUCUGCCGCUACAACAACAACAGGACUUUUAAAAAUAGAUGUCUGGAGGCGAGUAAGCCUUUUCUGCUUACAAUUAUUUCAAGUCCAAAAACGAAAAAAGAUGCACUAUUACAAGAGAUAAAUGCAGGUAAUGGUCGAAGGACUUUGACUUUUGAUAAAAUUACAGUUUAAAAAAAAGGCACUUUAGAGUUGCUCAGUAAAUCGAAACUAUUAUCAAAAAUCGUAUUACUUCGAUUAAUACCUAGCAAAUAUAUCUAGGAAGGUCGUACGAAAAUUUUAAGUGUAUCGGUCAAACCGUUUUCGGAGAAAUUUUCCUCACUGACUCUGAAAACAGCGUUGCGAGAAAAUCGAUUUUUUGAAAUUUACAAGUCGAUACCUUAAAAGCAAAAAUCUGCCAAAGCCGUUAUUUGGCGAUAUCUUGAAAACGAUUGUCCGAAUUAAAUAUUGACUAAACGACUAAUUUUACAUGGCUUUUACCUGUUGGCAGCAAACUAAUGCUAUAUUACCGUUAAUUUAUAUAACUUUUGAUUUUGAUUUUUGUCUUUUUGUAUAAAAAUAACUCUUUAUUAUUCUAAUUUUCAUUACCUUGCUCAUAAUUGUUUAAGUGUUGUUAUUAUAUUGAUUUGAUUUGAUUUUUAAUUUUCUUAAAUUAUAAUAUCUUUUUAAAAUAUUGUUAUUUAUACUCCAAAAUACGUCCACUCUUGAAUUUUAAUUAUAUUUUAGCCAUAUCUAUAUAUAAUAGCUAUAUAAGAGCAUAAUCUUACUCAGCAAACAUUUGUCUUGUACUUACACUGAUUAAAAAUGUUCACGUAAAACAAAAAAAAAAACAUAAAAACACAGAAAAUUAAAGAAAAAUAACUCAAACAUAUCUCAAUACUUACCACUUAAAAAUUUAAAGAAAAAAAGCGGCAAAUUUAUACAAAAUACAAAUGCAUACAAAAUCUGUGCGAAGAAUUGUCCCAAAACUGUAUUGAAAAAAUUAUUAAACAUUCCUAAUAGCGAUUUAGAAAUCUGAGCAUUUAAAAAAUAUUUAGAAAAUUUCCAAAACGUUUCCAAAUUCAAUUUUAAAAAAUUAUAAAUGUUACUGUAAGAAUCUGAAAAACUGUUAUUUCACGUAUACUGUUGUUGGUAUUGCAUUUGCUUUAUCUUUUAAUUUAAAUUUUAUGAAUUUGAACUUUUCUAUUGGUGUUAAGUAAUUUAUAUAAAUAAUUGGUCGGAAGUUGUCUCAAAGUAAUUGUAUUGGCUUUACUACCGUUAUAAAUGUUCAAUACUAUGCAACACUGAAUAUGCCAAAUUAACUCUCUUGUGACUACCAUUUCUAUAACAAUAAAAUAUCCCACAGUUUUUUUAUAGUGUACAGCUCGCCACACCACUUUGACAUACAGACAGACAUCGCCACUUUACAAGUACUCGAGCACUUUAUAUAAUUAAUAAAUACAUACAUACUUACAUGAAUUAGUAGGAAGAAACUUGUAGAUCGAAACUUAACUUAACUUACCAUAACCGAUGCUGAUUGGUUGUUACGAGUACAUACAAAUAAGUGAAAGCAUAAAUGCUAAGACAUUUUUCCUUAUUGUAAAAUGUUUUUAGCCAACGAUUUUAAACGACAUUAUAUUAACCACUCAUAUAUACUAUUACGAGACACAACUACACACAAACACGAGUGCAUACACGAA